GGGAGCGCGGGGCGAUGAGCGCGGUGCCCCCGGGCCGCUCCCCGGCUCCGCGUUCCCCCGACGCUGCGCCCCGCCCCGGCUGGGGACCGUAACCGCGCCCGGGCCGGUUCCUGGAGCCCCCGGACCGUUCCGUUCGUGUUUGCGCUGUGCCCCGGCGCGGCAGCCCUCGGGCAGCGGCCCCAGCAAUGCCCCGAACGCGCUACGGCUGUCUCCUUUAACACCUGAAAGGAGAAAACAAUUUCCGUGUUUUUGCAGUACCCCCUUAAAGAGCUGGAAGUGUCCCAUGCAAGCACGGAACUGGGCAAAAGGGGACCAGCGCCCCAGUGCACUGAACGCUUUGGGCACGUUGUUUAAAGCCCUGGCAGCUCGGUGCUCUGCCAGAGCAGUGGGGUAACGCUCCAUUCACGGCACCCGAGCAUGCUGCUGCACACCACAGCAGCGUCAGAGCUGUCCAGGGCCGCAUCUGUAGCCAGAGCACAGUGCAGGAGACGAGAUGGGCUUAUCCACGGUGAAAAGGGCUGAGCGGAGCCUUUUCCCUGCCCUGUGCUGCGGAAUGGCAGGGCGAGCUGCUCCGCAGGGCACGGUGAGGGCUGAGCCUUGCUUACAGACCUUCUCUUUCCAGUGGGAAGGACUGAAGACAUCACCGUGCAGUGAGCAGCCAAGAAGCCACCCCAAAGAACAGCCCUCUGCAGCCUCUGUUGUUAUGGCAGGGGGAAGGCGGGGCCCCAACCGCACAUCCUACUGCCGAAAUCCUCUCUGUGAGCCCGGGGCUGCUGGCGGCUCCGGCCAUUCCACGAGUUCCUCCGUCACGGGCGUACGCUCCCGCACCAGGAGCGGUUCAGGUACGGGGCUGUCCAGCCCACCCCUGGCAACUCAGGCAGUCGUUCCCCUCCGGCACUGUAAGAUCCCAGAGCUGCCCGUGGAGAGGAGUGUGCUGUUUGAACUUCAGCUCUUCUUCUGUCAUCUCGUUGCUCUGUUCGUCCACUACAUCAACAUCUACAAAACUGUGUGGUGGUACCCCCCGUCCCACCCGCCUUCGCACACGUCUUUGAAUUUUCAUCUUAUUGACUUCAACGUGCUGACGGUGACGACAAUCGUCCUGGCACGCCGGUUGAUCGUUGCUAUUGUGAAGGAGGCUUCCCAGAGUGGCAAAGUCUCCCUGCCACGCUCUGUUUUCCUGGUGGUCACUCGGUUUGCUGUUCUCACUGGCACAGGCUGGAGUUUGUGUCGAUCAAUAAUUCACCUCUUCAGAACCUACUCUUUCCUUAAUCUCCUGUUCCUGUGUUACCCGUUUGGCAUGUACAUUCCCUUCCUCCAGCUGAACUGUGACUUUCGGAAGACAAACCUCUUCUCCCAGGUGGCCAACAUCGGUCCCAGAGAGACCGGCGAGGUGAACUUCAGGGGCAGAGACUACUUGACUGUCCUGAAGGAAACCUGGAAGCAGCACACUCGGCAGAUGUACGGCAUGGAGGCGAUGCCCACUCACGCCUGCUGCCUCUCCCCAGAUCUCAUCCGAAAUGAGGUGGAAUACCUGAAAAUGGACUUUAACUGGCGGAUGAAAGAGGUGCUGGUGAGCUCCAUGCUCAGUGCCUACUACGUGGCCUUCGUGCCGGUCUGGUUUGUGAAGAACACGCAGUACUACGACAAGCGCUGGUCCUGCGAGCUCUUCCUCCUGGUCUCCAUCAGCACGUCGGUGAUUCUCAUGCAGUACCUCCUACCCGCGCGCUACUGCGACCUGCUGCACAAAGCUGCAGCACACCUGGGCUGCUGGCAGAAGGUGGAUCCGGCCCUGUGCUCCAACGUGCUGCAGCAUCAGUGGACAGAGGAGUGCAUGUGGCCGCAGGGAGUGUUAGUGAAACACAGCAAGAACGUGUACAAGGCUGUGGGUCACUACAACGUGGCGGUGCCGUCGGACGUCUCGCACUUCCGCUUUCACUUCUUUUUCAGCAAACCACUGAGAAUCCUCAACAUCCUGAUCCUGCUGGAAGGAGCUGUCAUCUUCUACCAGCUUUACUCGCUGAUUUCUUCAGAAAAGUGGCACCAGACUAUCUCGCUGGCUCUGAUCCUCUUCAGCAAUUACUACGCCUUCUUCAAGCUGCUGCGUGACCGUCUGGUGCUGGGCAAAGCCUACUCGUACUCUGCCAGCAGAGACUCAGAGCAGAAGUUAAAUUAAAACAAUUGCACUGAUGCUCAACUUAUUACAGAACAAACAAAACGAGGAACCCUCAGAGCUUUGUAUUUUUGUUACCACUGCUUUUUUUUCUUUUUUUUUUUUUUUC